AUGACCACCCCCGUCCUUGCAGCACAGUCAGUCACAGAGCUUAUCGCCCUUAAAGCUAAAACCCAGCCUGAUGAUCCUGCUGUCCACACCGGUGCUGCAGAGUUUGGCCAAGAGUUGCAGACUCUCACGUACUUGGAUCUCUCCAAGGCAGUCGAUCGUCUGGCAGCCCAUUACGCCUCGCUCAAGAUCCAGCCAGAGGUCGUAACCGGGGACCUGCCCCCAGAGCGCAUCGUUGCGGUACUCACCACGAGCUCGAUCAACGAGACCCUCCUUGAGGCAGCUCUUGCCAAGCUCGGGCUGGCUGGACUGCUUCUGUCCACCAACAACUCGACAGCGGCUAUCGUUCAUUUGUGCAAAAUCACCAAGAGCGAGAUUCUCAUCUACGAGGACAAGUAUGAGGCGACCGCAAAUGAAGCUCGAGACUUGCUUCAGAAAGAAGGCAUUGACAUCAGGCUCGUCCCAGAAACAAAGUUUCCACUUUGGGGCCCUAAAGGUGUUCGAGAAGCAGACAUUCCGCCCUACCCCGCCCGGUUGACGCCCCAGCAAGAGGCCGGACGCACAGUCGCCAUCCUACAUUCCUCCGGCUCGACCGGCUUUCCGAAACCCGUGGCAAUCACUCACUAUGCACUCCUCUCCAACGCUCUUCGCCUCUUGCCCGUAUCCACCUUCUUGGCUCUGCCUCUCUUCCACGCCUUUGGUCAUAUUGCCGCCUUUGUAUGUCUAUACCACGGCAAGCCCCUCACCAUCAUGCCCCCGAACAUCUCCCUCACCUCCGUCAACAUCUGCCGAGUCAUCCGCGAAUCACCUUCUCCCCCUGUACAGCAAUACGCCGUGCCAUACGUGCUCAAACUCUUAGCCGAGACGGAUGAAGGUAUUCAGACGCUCGCCAAAUCUGCUGCCGUCAUUUAUGCCGGGGCCGCUCUCCCGGAUAACCUUGGCGAUAGGUUGGUCGAGGGCGGAGUUAACCUCGUUUCCAUCUACGGAUCUACCGAGUGCGGUGCAGUGAUGACCUCUUUCAGAGACUUCAAGACCGACAAAGGCUGGAACUGGUUCCGAAACGAAGGCCCCAUCGCCCAAUAUCUCGAAGCCCUCCCCCAAGGCUCCAACACCUUUGAGGUCGUGAUCAGAGACGGUUGGCCCGGUAAAGUCACAAGCAAUAGGGCGUCGGACAAUGCGUGGUGUACGAGCGACCUUAUGUUGCAGCAUCCCGAACAUCCGACCUGGUUCAAGUAUUUGGGGAGGAUGGAUGAUACGUUGAACAUGCUUCUGGGAGAGAAGACGAAUCCUGUGCCUAUCGAGAUGGCUAUUAGGGGACACUCGCCUCUAAUCCAAGAGUGUAUCGUGUUCGGCGACGGCAAACCCCAAGUUGGCGCGCUCAUUCUCCCGUCCGAGCAAGGCGCCGAGCUCGGCAAAGACCCGAAGGCCUUCCUCGACGCCGUCUGGCACGUUAUUGAACAAGCCAACGCCGACGCCCCUACCCAUUCGCGCAUCCUCCCCGAGAUGGUCGAGAUUCUACCUUACGGUACUGAAAUCCCUGUGGCGACCAAGAUGUCCAUUAUCCGCCCGGCAUGUUAUCGCAAGUUUGCAGACCUGAUCGACUCUAUCUAUGAACGCUUCGAGCGCGGGUCCGGCGAGCCCAAAAAGAACAUCACCACCAAACCCGAGCUCGAGUCGUUCCUCACUUCCACCAUCCUCUCCACCAUCUCCGACAAGAAGACCCAGGCGCCAGGGAAGGAAGACGUCAAGGCAGAGCUUGGCGUUGAUACCGACCUCUUUUCGUUUGGUAUCGAUUCGUUGCAAGCUACUCGGAUCAAGAAUGCCAUCACCAAGACUCUCGAUCUCGGCAAUGCCAAGAUUGGGCAGAACAUCGUAUACGAGUACCCCUCCGUCGGACAGCUCGCCGAGUACUUGUUCAACGCCAGACAAGGCAGUGGGGCUGACGAGAGCCCUGAAAAGGUGUACGCGAAGAUGUGGGAUAUGGUGGAUCGUUAUGCUCGACAGUUGAGCAAGGAGGAGCUUGUUACUAUCAGUAGCAAGGGCCAAGUUGUGGUUCUUACUGGUGCUACUGGUUCUCUUGGUGCCCACCUGCUCGAUCAGUUGACUCGUCGCCACGACGUCAGCAAAGUCAUCUGCCUCUCUCGCGCCAAAUCCCACGCCGACUCUCUCCGACGACUCCAAGACUCUCUUGCUCAGCGACAUCGUACUCUGACCCCCGCUGCCGAGGCCAAGAUCGUCUCCUACGCCGCCGACGUCAACAGUGAGGACCUUGGUCUUUCCCCCGAGCUGUAUGAGUAUCUCAAGAACGAAGCGACUGCCGUCAUCCACAACGCCUGGCCAGUCAACUUUGUCAUUUCCGUCGAGUCGUUCGACGAGCACAUUCGCGGCGCUUUCAAUCUGCUCGACCUCACACUGAAGGCUCCUGGUCAGGUCAAACCUGCAUUCUUCUUUUCCUCCUCUGUCAGUGCGCAGUUGGCAUCGGAUGUGGCGGUAACGGAAGUCUUCCCGGCAAAAGCUGAGACAGCUAUGAUGGGUUACGGCCGGAGCAAGUGGGUGGUGGAAAAGAUCAUGGAAAGGGCCGGGAAGGAGACAAAGGCGAGGUGUGGGGUGUUGCGAAUUGGGCAGCUUGCGGGUGAUACUGAAAACGGCAUAUGGAACGAGACCGAGUCUUGGCCAUUGAUGUUCAAGUCUGUCAACGAACUGCAUGCCCUUCCCAUGAUCAGCGAAGCCCCCUCUUGGCUGCCCGUCGACCAAGCCGCUUCCACCAUCAUUGAGAUUGUGUUCUCUACGACUUUCGCAUCUAAACCAUCCUCGGCAUCGGUCUAUCACAUCAUCAACCCCCAUUUGACAUCAUGGUCCGACGUCCUUGCCGGUUUAGCGGCUGGCGGUCUUGAAUUCGACACUGUCCCACAAACCGAAUGGGUCGCCCGUCUCUCUCAAUCCAACCCCGACGUCGCCGUCAACCCCGCAUACAAGCUUCUCGACUUUUACCAAGCGAGGUUUGGCAGCGGAGAUGAUAUCCCAGAGUUGGAGUUCAAGGUGGAGAGGACGAGGGAAGAGUCGGAGACGAUGAGGAACCAGGUGAAGAAGGUUGGGCCAGAGUUGGUUGCGUUGUGGGCAAAGGCGUGGAUCGAGUCUGGGUUUCUUGCGUAG